UAAAAAAUCUUUCUGUGAAUAAAUAACCUCAUGUUACAGUUGUGACAGAUAUUGGUCAUGGUGUCGAGGUCAUCUGUGUGUGACAGGCAGGUCGAUUUGUCUGUGUGUGUGUGUGUGUGUGUGUGCUCUGUUUUGAAUGGGCGUUGGAGUCACAUGGCUACUUGUCAGCAGGCUGGAGGAGGGAACAUAAUCCCGAGGAGGAAGGCUGCAGCUAUCAGUCCGUGCGUGUUGGUCAGAGAGAGAGAGAGAGAGAUUUCCCGGCUUGACCGCUCAUGAUCAGCACAACAUCUCCAACUCUCGUUUCUUUUGUCUCCCUGUCUCACCCUUCUCCUGUUUGUUUUUGCCCUGCACUCUGACCAGGGUCCCCCUUCACAGCGGCAUUCUGCACUACGAUGUCAGGGGUGGCGUCUCUGCUGUGAGCACACAAAGGUUAUGCUGCCCAAAAGCUGCCUGAGUCCCAGUGAGAAAGAGAAGGGCUAAAGCCGCACGGAGCCAAACCAGCUCUGCAGAGGCUCUCCAGCAGCGACUCCUCGGUGGAGCCAUGAGCAGCCCCAGCACCCCCAGCCACAUUACGGAUGCCCGGGCAUCGGUUACUCACAGCCCAGAGGCACCUACUGCCUCAACCCAACAUGGGGCUCCGCACCCUGAAGAGGACGAUGAAGGGGACCUGAACAAAGCCUUGGGGGUCCAGCGCUUCCAGCAGAUCCUCAGCCCCGCUGCGGCCGUCCCUGACGAGCAGCACCACAACUACCACGAGGAGGACAUUGAAUAUCACCGCCACUCCUCUCACCACAUCCACCGACCUCUGUCCAAACUGCCCUACGAGGGGCGCAGGAAGAAGAGCAGCAAGAAAAAGAGAAAGGACAAGGAUCAGGCCAGUGGCAACCAUGCCCCCAGUGGCGGCCCCAUAGAGGAAGGAGAGGAUGAAGAGGAAGAGGAGGAUGAGGCGACGGAGACAACUCCAGUUCCAUCGGAGUCGGAGAAGGUGAAAGAUGUGGAGUUCUUUGUUUCAGAUGAAGACCAGCUGGCCGUGCGGGGCAGAGAGAGCCCGCGCUUGUCCCGUAAGCUUAACAUCGUGCCACAGACUGCGGGGCAGGCGCAUUCUGAAGACGCGUCUUCCUCUGAUAACCCGCCGUCAUCCGACGCCGCCGCCGCCAGCCCCCCUCCCCACUCGGGGCCGCCUGAGCACAUACCGCUGGCCCGGGUCUCCAGCCGCGGCUACGACCUGCAAGAGCGCAGACGCACCGGCAACAUGACGGGCGCCGAGCAGGCCAAGUACCAGCGCGUCCCCACCGACGAGAGCGAGGCUCAGACGCUGGCCUCCGCCGACCUGGACGGCAUCAAGAGUCACCGCUUUGAAGAUGUCCCCGGCGUGCGCAGACACCUCUUCAGAAAGAGCACCAAGGGACAGGUGGUGCACACGGGAAAGGACCACAAGGAGCCGAGCACUCGAAUCCGCAAGCAGGACCGGACUCCGCAUGAGGUGUUUGUGGAGCUGAAUGAGCUGACCAUAGACAAGAACCAGGAGAUGCAGUGGAAGGAGACCGCUCGGUGGAUCAAGUUUGAGGAAGACGUGGAGGAGGAGACCGACCGCUGGGGGAAACCUCACGUGGCCUCGCUGUCGUUCCGCAGUUUGCUGGAGCUCCGAAAGACCAUUUCACACGGUGCGGUGCUGCUGGACCUGGACCAGACGACCCUGCCGAACAUCGCCAACCAGGUGGUGGAACAGAUGAUCAUAUCCGACCAGAUCAAAGCCGAGGACCGAUCCAAUGUCCUGAGGGCUCUGCUGCUGAAACACAGUCACCCGAGUGACGAGAAGGAGCACAGCAGCCCUUUCCCCAGGAACAUCUCCGCGGCCAGCCUGGGCAGCCUGAUCACGCACCACCACGGUGCCAAUCACGGCAAUCACCUGGACCCGUCGGUGACCGACCCGCUCAUGGGCGCCGUCCACGCCGCGGGGGAGACGGAGACGCGGGUCGACAUCGAGAAGAACGAGGCACAGAAGGAGACGGUGUCCGGAAUGCAUCGGUCCAAAUCCAAACAUGAGCUGAAGCUGCUGGAGAAGAUCCCGGAAAAUGCCGAGGCCACUGUUGUCCUUGUGGGAAGCGUGGACUUCCUGGAGCAGAGCACCAUGGCGUUUGUGCGUCUGUUGGAGGCCGUGGAGCUCGAGUCCGUCCUGGAAGUCCCCGUACCGGUCAGGUUCCUCUUUGUUCUGCUGGGGCCCCCCAGCACCAGCAUGGACUAUCACCAGAUAGGACGCUCCAUCUCCACACUCAUGUCUGACAAGCAAUUCCAUGAGGCGGCUUACAUGGCAGACGACAGGCAUGACCUGCUGAGCGCCAUCAACAGCUUCCUGGACUGCAGCAUCGUGCUGCCGCCCUCGGAGAUGGGAGGCGACGAGCUGCUGCGCUCCGUCGCGCGCUUCCAGAGGGAGAUGCUGGCCAAGAGGCAGGAGCAGGGCGUCAAGCUGGCCAUGGAGCCCAAGAGCAUGGAGGAAAAAGGUAACGCCUCGAAUAACCUGUGGCCUGGUUCUGUGACUUCCUGUUCAUCGUCGUUGACGACCCGUUUCCCCCCUCCCAUCGUCACAGAGGCCCUCCUCGAGCCCUUGAAGAAGUCGGACGACCCGCUGAAGCGCACCAGACGCCCGUUCGGUGGGCUGGUGCGAGACGUGCGGCGGCGUUGCCCAAAGUACCUCAGCGACUUCAGGGACGCCCUGGACAGCCAGUGCAUGGCCGCCGUCAUCUUCAUCUACUUCGCUGCCCUCUCUCCGGCCAUAACCUUCGGCGGCCUGCUGGGUGAGAAGACGGACGGUCUGAUCGGUGUCUCUGAGCUGAUCGUGUCGACGGCGGUGCAGGGUGUGAUCUUCUGCCUGCUCGGAGCGCAGCCGCUGCUCAUUGUGGGAUUCUCAGGACCCCUGCUGGUCUUUGAGGAAGCCUUCUUCAGCUUCUGCAAAGCCAACGACAUGGAGUACCUGACCGGCCGCGUCUGGAUCGGGUUUUGGCUCGUCGUCAUCGUGGUGGUCAUGGUGGGCUUCGAGGGAAGCUUCAUGGUCCGCUUCGUCUCCCGCUUCACCCAGGAGAUCUUCUCCUUCCUCAUCUCCCUCAUCUUCAUCUGCGAGACCUUCAUCAAGCUGGCCAGGAUUUUCAACGAGCACCCGCUGACGAGCUGCUCCCUCGGCAACGGCACAGACUCGGACGCCUCGGCGGCCAACGCCACGCUCGCUCUGGGCAACGCCACCCUGCCGGCGGCGGUGCUGAACCAGCCCAACACCGCGCUGCUCUCCUUGGUCCUCAUGGCCGGAACCUUCUUCAUCGCCUUCUACCUGCGCAAGUUCAAGAACAGCGCCUUCUUCCCUGGAAGGUUGCGCAGGGUCAUCGGAGAUUUUGGCGUCCCGAUUGCCAUCCUCAUCAUGGUGCUUGUGGACUACAGCAUAAGCGACACUUACACACAGAAACUGAGCGUCCCUCACGGCUUCUCCGUGACGAGUCCCUCGAAGCGCGGCUGGAUCAUCAGUCCUCUGGGCACCGACGGACAGUUUCCCGUCUGGAUGAUGUUUGCCUGCUGUUUGCCUGCUCUGCUGGUUUUCAUCCUCAUCUUCAUGGAGACUCAGAUCACCACGCUCAUAGUGAGCAAGAAGGAGCGGAUGCUGGUGAAGGGCUCCGGUUUCCACCUGGACCUGCUGCUGAUCGUGGCGCUGGGCGGCUGCUCGGCUCUGUUCGGCCUGCCGUGGAUGGCCGCCGCCACCGUCCGCUCGGUGACCCACGUCAACGCCCUCACCGUCAUGAGCAAGGCCGUCGCCCCCGGAGACAAGCCCCGCAUCCAGGAGGUGAAGGAGCAGAGGGUCACCGGCCUCCUGGUGGCCAUCAUGGUUGGUAUGUCCAUUGUGAUCGGUGACCUGCUGCGUCUGAUCCCCCUGGCGGUGCUGUUCGGCAUCUUCCUCUACAUGGGUGUGAUGUCCCUGAACGGUAUCCAGCUUACCGAGCGCAUGAUGCUGCUGCUCAUGCCCCCAAAGUACCACCCGGACCACACCUACGUACGCAAGGUCCGCACGCUGCGCAUGCAUCUGUUCACCUGCAUCCAGGUGGUGUGUUUGGCGUCUCUGUGGGCCGUCAUGUCCACACAGGCUUCGCUCGCUUUCCCCUUCGUCCUCCUCCUCACCAUCCCUGUCAAGAUGUUCCUGCUGAGCCGCAUCUUCACCGGCAGAGAGAUGGCAUGCCUGGAUGCAGACGACGCAGAGCCCAAGUUUGAUGAGCGCGAGUGUCACGACGAGUACUCGGAGAUGCAAAUGCCCGUCUAACCCGCGGCGACCCCUGACAUCACCACUUAACACAAAAAAAAAAAAAAAAAAGUUUCUACUCACUCUACCAACCAAUGGGAUCCUUCACACUUGAAACCCUUUGACGCCUCAGCACCACCGAGACACCAGGGGGCGCCAUGGAGACCGUCCGGCUGGUUGUUUCGGUCCAUUUGUUGAAGAAACUCUUUUUUUUUUUUUUUUUAUCUGGGGGGCCUUUUCUGCCGGUUACCAGCAUCUGAACGAGAACAGUCGACAGCAUGCGCUCACACAUUAAAUGCUUUUAAGGAUAUAUAUAUAUAUAAUAUAUAUAUAUUUCAGGGUACAAGAGAUUCCAAAUCACUUAACGCAAUCUCCAGCUCGAAAAUUGAAUGUGAUUCCGUUCGAUAGAUUUGCAGUUGAGUUUUUCAUUUUUAGCCCUGAAAGUUGCUCUGAUUCACAUUGAAGAAGUGGAGGAAAUAUGAGAGGUAGCGUUAGUCUUUUAUAUUAACACACUUAUCUAUCCGAGUUUUGUUUUUGUCCAUGUUUUAAGCUCACCAAGCGCCUUAUGAAGGAACAUAAAAAGUCAUACUGAGGUGUUUUAUUCCUCCUCGUUCAGUCUCAGUUUAGACGGCUCAUCACUUGACCCACCCCCCCCCCCCCUCUCUCGUGGCACUUUUUAAGACACCAAAUCUGAACAAUGACUGUAUUUUAUGUAAUUUUUAAAUCUCCGCGUCCUCUUUAAUUCCUUAUACAUCAAUGUUGCUUUUGUUUGUUUGUUGUUUUUUUCAUAACACGAGUUUAAUACAGCGGCAUAAUAUAAAUAAUAUAUAUAUAUAUAAUUACUUUACAUGUCUCCAUGUUUAGGGAACUAACGUAUCGAUGUAGUUUGCUUCACUUGGUGUGUCAACGGGAAUCGUAAUUUACUGGUUUCUUUGUCCAAGUGCCAAAUGUUUGUGUAAAUAGUUUAGUGAUCAGAACAAUAAGCUGCAGUUCAGCCAUCUCGCAUCUUACUGCUGUAACGACGUGUCUGUAAGGAGCCUAAAUCAACAUCAUUCCUUGUCUGAGCAUAACUUGGGCUACAUUUCUUUUGGCAUCAACUAAUUUAAACAAUUCAUUCACGCGGCCCGUGAAGUCGAUCGACCAAAUUCACACAGAAGCUGUGUGGACAAUAAUACUAAUGAUACAUGACUGAGAAGGAAGGCUUUUAUUGAUCUAAAUGUUCAUUUUGGUUUAGUUUUCAUGUCAUGUUGUAUCAGUGUGACAUGGAUUGGUUAAAGCUUUGACUGUGUCAAAUGACUGACAUUCUCAGUCCUCUGUUACUCUGCAGCGUGGAUCCUCACUAUACUUUCCCUUCUGAACCGCCUCGGCCCCGUUUGGUGUUCACAAAGAUCUCAAGUGCCUCUGGGACCAGGAAGUCCGUUUGUUGGACGACGCGCGUUACAAUAGUUUGCACUUUCCAAGAAAAAAAAAUCAAACAUCUCUCCAUUAUUUAUCUUUAGCAAAAUGAGGCAUUAUUGCUGCUUCUGUAGGUUAUUUGUUUUUUUUUUGAUGUACACACGCAUUUGGCUGCACCCGGGGACACUAGAGGGGACGUUGGAGUGACGUGCGUGUGUGUGUGUGUGUUUUGUGUCGGCUUGGUGUGCGUGUGGGUGGACUGAAGUCGGUCUGUGUGUGUCCAAAGUAUCCGUCGAAGCUGCGAAAGGCCGAAACGAUGUUUUGUCCCAUUUCAAAAGCAAGACUGUCUGAAAGGCUGCUGACGUUUCAUUGUACAUUAAAGGUUGAAAUAUUGAUGACAAAUAAAAGUUAUUUUAUAUUUA